AUGACUUCCUCACUCGAGAAGAUCCAAGGCGAACAGGUCCUCAUCAACGAGAUUCUGGACCUUUCAAUCAAAGAUCUGAGUGAGAAAGGGAGUGAGGCUGAGAUUCACGAGGUUGGUUUUGGAAGCCAUGGGGGAAUCUGUGCCAUUUGCUUGGAUAAAAUAGUGCUGCAGGAAACUGCUCUUGUAAAAGGUUGCGAGCAUGCUUACUGUGUAACAUGCAUUCUUCGUUGGGCUACCUACCGUGAAAAAGUUACCUGCCCUCAGUGUAAACAUCCAUUUGAGUUCCUCAAUGUUCAUCGCUCACUUGAUGGAAGCAUUCAAGAUUUCAUGUUUGAGGAGAGUGUUUGUCUGCUACUUCGAGCCUCAUGGUUCAAUCCUUUAUCUGUUGAAGAACAUGUUCAUGAAGAUUCAUAUGAAGACCUAGAAGAUUACUAUCAGUUUGAGGAUGACAAUGAUGAAAUAGAUGAAGUUUAUUAUGGUGGUUCAUCUAGUUUUCGUAUUGGCAACCGCAGAUGGGGAGAUAACGGUUAUGUUAGGGCUGGUCGUCAAGAAGCUCGGCCGGUUCAUCGUUCAAAUUUCCAGGAUUCAGGAGCCAGUUCAUCGCGUGAGCCAAAGAAGAAAGAGGUUGCCAAAAGUACCACAGGCAGAAGGGCGAAGAGGGCACUGAAAAGGGAAGCUGCUGAUAAGGCAGCUGAAGCAAAACAUCAGCAGCAUUUGGUACGGCUGGGUAGGAAGUGA